CUCCCAUUCACAUUCACUCGUUGCUCUGUUUUGCUUAUAAAAAAAGAAGAGAGUAGUUGCCAGACUUAGAAUCAUCAGACGCACACAAUCCGCGUCAGGAUAUUCCUCACCAGUUCAUCACUUAACGCAAUAAGUUGACGGGCAGAUCCUACUAUUUCAAGAUGAUUCAGCAAAAGAUGGUGUUGAGGCUGUCGAUGGCAGACGACAAGAGGCGGGCCAAGGCUCUCCGAACUGCUGUCAGCAUGCGUGGCGUUGUAUCGGUGAAGCUGGAAGGCGAUAAGAUUGUUGUGGUGGGAGAUGGAGUCGACUCGGUGGAUCUAACGAAGUUGAUGAGGAAGAAGAUGUGCAGCUACGUGGAGCUCCUCAGCGUGGCAGAAGAGAAGAAAGAGGAGAAAAAGGAAGAGAAAGUAGAAAUGAGUUGGCCCAACCAUGUCAGUUUCGUGCCCCGAUACUUUUACUCCAUUCCGGAGGAGCCAGCGUUUGGAGGACCAGGUUGCAUAAUAUUGUAGAGUUUAAAGGCCGAACACUAUAAGAAAACAGAUUUUCGAAAAUCGAAAUAAAAGUAUUUUAAAUUUAUGUAAAUCAGUACUGGCCGGCGGAUUUGGUAUCGAAUUAUUAAUCUGUCUCACUUAUGUAUCGUAAAUAAAAUUUGAGA